CCAAUCUCAAUUAGUUCUACAUGUAAACUUGUAAAAGUAAUGUGGAAAGGAGCAACAAAAUCAUGGGUUUUUAAACUAACCUUGCUUUCCUUCCUUUUAUACUCAACACUCCUUCAUCUACAGUUUACGACAAUCACUCAGGGAGAGCGAUUCCAGGCCGAUGUUCAUCUGAUUAGUGUGAGCUACAUAAGAACCCAGAACCCGAGUAAUGAAAGGCUCUGUUUCAACAAGAGCAGCGAUUGCUGUGCAGAUGCAUUGACUGGAUUGGGCACCAUGUUUGUUGUUGUUGUCGAGUGACUAACCCUGGAUUUUUCUCUCUGAAACCUUGCAGAGAUCAGCAGCAAUUGUUGGGUUUGUCUCUGUGUGUGGAAAGCCGGGAACACAACAAACAACAGUACAAAAAAAGAGUUUGAAACAUCCACAAAAAGGGCAACACUCUCUUUCUG